CGCCACCACACCCAAGCGAGCAAUAGAGCGAGCUGCCUGAUUUUUAUGAGCGUGGUAUAUACAAAAAUGCAGAUUUUCGUGCGGACCCCGUCAGGUAAAACCAUUACACUCACAGUGCACGGUUCCGACACGGUCGAGAGCGCAAAGCGCAAAAUAGCGGCCGAAGAUGGUCUCCCAGUAUAUCGCCAGAGCCUGGUCUACAAUGGGAGGGAAAUAAGGAACGAACAGUUGCUUCGAGACUACGACGUAGUACAGGGCAGUACCUUCCACCUUAGUUCAACAUAGGAGAUAGGGCUGCGUGUGAGGCAACCUUCAGGUGUGGUGAUCUCAGUCACGGCAGGGAGAGGAGAAAGGGUGGAGGAUGUUAAGGCAGUGCUGGAGGCUGAACUAGGCAUUCCACUAGGACAGCAGCGACUCUCUUUCCAAGGUCGGGCACUAGAGAACCAGGUGAUUUUUGGGAGAGCGUGGCAUCCAGGAUGGGUCAGAGCUGGGGCUGCUAGUUGUGGUCCCUAUCACUGUCAAGACACUGACAGGCCAAGCCUUCCCUCUUGAGGUAGUCACUAGCGAAUCGAUUCGUGAAGUGAAGAAGAAAAUUGCGAAAGUGGCAAAGAUUUCGCCGGAAUGCCAACGACUGCUGCAUGCCGGUAAGCAAAUUGACGACAAUUCUGCGUUAGACAACUACGAAAUCAAAAGUGGGGCCGAGAUAUACGUCAUUCGACGGCUCCACUUCUAUAACUUGAAAGUGAGAAAGGGUAACAGCCGCCAGUACAUCAAGUUGAAAGUAGAGUCCUCCACUUCUGUCAGGAGAGUAAAGAAGAUGAUUGAGGCAAUAGAAGGUACCCCACGUCGCCUACAACAACUUAGUCUAGAUGGGGUUUGUCUGGAGAACAGGAGAAGAAUGGGAUACUAUCACACAAUCAUCUCCAGCAAGUGCAGACUGGUCCUCAGGAGCCAGCCACAGUACCAGGUGUUCCUCAGAACUCUGUCAGGGAAGACCCUAGCUCUAGGAGUGAGAGGUGGGGACACAGUGGGACACGUGAAGUCAGUCAUCUACGAGAAAGAAGGGAUCCCACCAGACCAGGUGAAGCUGUUGUCAGGUGGGAGGGUGCUGAGAGAUGAGAAGAGGCUGAGGGAUUAUGGUCUGCAUAGUGGGAGUACUGUGGACCUCUCUCUGGGGCUCUUGGGAGGGAUGCAAAUAUUUGUUGAGAUACAGACAGGCAAGACCAUAACUCUGGAGGUGGAGGGCAGUGAUACCAUUGAGAAUGUGAAAGCUAAAAUCCAGGACAAGGAGGGAAUACCACCAGACCAACAACGACUCACAUUUGCUGGUGAGCAACUGGUGGAUGAACGAACACUGAGUGACUAUGAGAUUCAGAGAGAGUAUACUCUUCACAUGCAGCUACGAAGAUGGAUGCAGAUAUAUGUGAAGACACUGACAGGCAAGAUCAUAACUCUGGAGGUGGAGGCCAGUGAUACCAUUGAGAAUGUGAAAGCUAAAAUCCAGGACAAGGAGGGAAUACCACCAGACCAACAACGACUCAUAUUUGCUGGUGAGCAACUGGAGGAUGGACGAACACUGAGUGACUAUAACAUUCAGAAGGAGUAUACUCUUCACAUGCAGCUACGAAGAUGGAUGCAGAUAUAUGUGAAGACACUGACAGGCAAGACCAUAACUCUGAAGGUGGAGGACAGUGAUACCAUUGAGAAUGUGAAAGCGAAAAUUCAAGACAAAGAGGGAAUACCAGCAGACCAGCAACAGCUUACCUAUGAUGGAGGGCAACUGGAAGGUGGACAGACCCUGAGCAACUACAGUAUUCAGGAGCACGAUGUCAUUCGUAUUCUUUUACUAACAGGGGCAUUCCCCGAUGUUGAGCAAGCUGAAAUACUAGCACAGAAAGAGAUAGCAAUCAAUCCAGAAGAGCCACUAACCUACGACUGGAAGGACCAUGGGUUCAAAGUUACGGUUCCAGCGGGUGUCCUCAGUGGAGGUGUGGAGCAGGGUACUGGACAAGUCAAUAUGUAUGUCCAGGCCAGCUUGCAGGGAGAAUAUCAGUUUCCAGAUGAUCUCAGUCCCGUCAGUGGAGUCUACUCUAUCUCUGUCAAUUCCCCAGUCGAAAGUUUCAGCAAAAAAGUCAGUUUAUGUCUCCAGCACUGCGCCUCCAUGGGUGAAGAGGAAGAUGACGAUGAAAAUACAGCGCUCUCCUUCUACACUGCCAGAGACACACCGCCUUACAUCUUUGAGCGUCUGCCAGGAGGAUACUUUCCUGAGUCUGGAGAGGCUACUAUCGAAGUCAGCCACUUUUCUAUCUUUGCAGUGCUUGGCAGGUCACGUAACUAUGCCAUCCGCGCCUUCUAUGUGCCGAAACAACUUAAUGUACAGGAGAUUCAUAUUACUGUCACCCAAAGCAAAGACCUGGUCGUGAAGAAGGUGCAUGAGAUUUACGAGGGGCAAGGAGCUCUAGAAGGUCCAAAUAUAAUUGCGGUCAAGUUCGAACGUGGAAUGGAUCAAAUAACACUCGACAUUCCUGAAGAGCCAUGGACCAAAGAUGGUUGGAGAUUGUGUCCCCUUUCCUCACUCCGUGUAAGAGAUUAAUCUUAAUGGUAGAGCGAGGGAGCUAACAAUUUGUCCUAGUGCAUCUCUUCAGACAGUGGGGUGUGUGCAAGUGGCUUAUUGUUCGAUGGAUCGCUAGGAAACAAUUUUGUCAAUAUUUUCAAGCAUCAAGCUGUGUAGCAUUCGACCACCUACCUAGUUACACACAGAUUCGCUCGUUGUGUAUAAUGUCCAAUUUAAGUUCCUCUGUUUUGAGGUCACAUUAUAAUGUUGAUAAACAGCCGUGCAGCUCAUGCAAAAUAAACCUAUUUCACGAUUAGUAGUCAAUACUAGCCUUUUGUGCAUACCUAUGCUCACUCGUGCUUUACGCUACUGUGUGUUGUGUAUUAUAUACCCCAAUAUGUAAAACAGACCAUCCUAACGAUAAAAAAAUGAGUAGAGGAAUACGGAAUUAAUUAUAAUAAUUCUAUUGAUUCAGCUCGUGAAAGAGUCAUUGGAUAACUACAAAGGAGGAAAAAUCGUUCCGGCCUUUCAAUUGGAGCUUAAAAUGGUCGAACGUGAACCCGAAGAUCUUGAACAGAGAGUAGGAUUUUUAGGAGUAAAACCGGAAGGCAGCUACAUAAGAAUCACCAGGAGUAGUAAGUUACAUUACCAUAGGACUGGUAUUAAUUGCAAAUAAUUAUGUCUAUUGCGAAUUGCGAGGUUUUUUCCACAGCUUAAAAAUGCACGUAAUUGUGCUUGAAAACCUUUUGUAAAUACGCAAACGUUAAAUUAGUCCUGAUGCAUGCCUAACACUUGAGAAUCUAAAGACAAAUGCUAGCCUUAUAGCUACAUACUCCGCUUCAGAUUUCCUU